CACUCUUCUCACCAUAACCACAUCCAACACUGGGCCACAGGAGCUUAUUGUUCAAGUCAGGAAAGCUUUGGAAAAUGUUAUAUUACCUUUCAACAUUACAACGGAUUUAAUAAUGACAAGCUUAAACUUGACUACAGCCUGCUAUUCAGACUUUAAUGGAAUUGAGCAGUGUCAGUGUGAGGAUCCAUAUCUAUGGCCAUGUCACAUCUGUGAAACUUAUGGUACAUGCAGCAAUGCCAGAACGCAAAACUGCAACUGCAUAAAUGGAAUUCCUCCGGAUGGGCAGUAUUGUGAACUAAAUAUCACUACCACAUGUUCAAAACCAACGACGACAGCACCACCAUUAGAAACGACACCACCAUCAAUAACAGAAAGUUCAACUCAAGUGCCCCAGACAAUCGACGAGAGGUCGUUGUCGUUCACAAUGAAUAUUGAAUUUGAAGACUCAUACAACAAUAACGAUAAUGAUGUUCACCAGCGGUGUUUACGUUCUAUUCAAACACAAUCUGAGAUCCAUAUCCCAGGUCUACUAUCAGCAAGUCUUUCAGGCUUCAGGAAUGGUAGCACCAUUGGUGACUUUGAAAUUACAGCAAAUACCCCAAUUCAAGACUCAGAUGUUGAUGCACUACUCGCAGCAAUAUUCAAUGACCUGAGAAGCACGUUUCCUAUGAUAUUUGUCAGCAAUGAAACCUUGGAAAUUCAACCAAAUGUUUCAUUUUUUGGCAACACUGUGACUGUGACAUGCGGCCCACCACCAGAGGACCUAGAUUUUCGUAUGACCUCGUUAAUCUGGACACUUAAUGGUGUUUUGAUAAAUGAAGAUGACCAACACGUAUUUUCGGAAGAUAAUGGAGUGGCAACACUUACAAUCACAAAUUACUUUUUCACUGACGAGGGACGAUACCAAUGUCAGCAGUUUGAUCAGAAUUCAAGUUUCCGACAGGACUCUGAUGAUACGUUCAGGUUUUUGGAAACACCGACAAUCCAGAUGGCCCCCCUCCAAAACAAUAUCUUGUGUGAGGUAGGACAGCAAGUGUCACUAGAAUGCAGUGUCCAGGACCCCUACCAAGUGGAGUUUCAAGCCAUCCCCAAUCCAGAAACAAGCUCAAGAGUUCAACAUCUGCUGACAAUCACACAGGAAGUCUGUGAUAACCAAGAAUUAAACAUUACUUGUCAAGUCAAUGAUUUUCCACAAUUCAAACGGAAUCUAACAUUGAUGUUUUUCACUGAUGGUGCAUUCACAUGUGUUGCUGAUUCAGUAUUCGGAAAUGGAUUUUUAAAUGAGGUUGGUAGAGCUUCUUGUGAAUUAAAUCAGGUGGGAGAGAAGACUGCCAUUUGCAGGGAAAAUGGAACAUGGGAAGCUCAAGAAGACAGUUGCACUCUGCAGAGGAUUGCACAUCUACUCUUUCAAUCUCAGUUUCUGAAUGAAAGGACUUUGCCAGAUUUCCUGGAAGAACUCAGUAACACCACUCUUGAACUCAGUGAGCAAAUCACUGAAUCUCCUAAUGACAUUGAAGCUAUUGUUGCAAUUCUCAACAAUGUAGCAAGCUUUGUAACAACAUUUAAUAUCGAUAUAAGUCAGGAAUCCAUGGAGGAUGUUCUUAUCACGACUGAUGUCCUUACGAGAGAUGAGGCAACAAAUUCAUGGGACAUUCUUAACACUCAAGCAGUCAUCGAUAUCUUAGAAGCAAGAAUCUUCACUCCCAGAAAUGAGAGUGUCAGCUCAUUAUUGUUGUUUAGUCUUGAGGGUAUAACGAGCAGGCUCAUCAAUGACUCGUUUAGCAUUGAAACACCUUUGAUUCUGUUGAACAAAACUACAUUCACCAACAAUUUCAAUGGGGAUUUUAAUUCAACAGUGGGGAUAGACAUAGAGGAGUCUAAUGGACCAACAAACCUCACUGUGAUAACCUUUGAAUCAUUGGAUAAUGUACUUCCUCCAAGAGAUGAGAACAACUCUACAGGCAGGGUAAUCAAUGGGAGAGUCGUACUUGUUCAGUCUGACACCACCGUGGAUAAUAUCUCUUUCACAUUUGACAUUAUAAAUGACACCCUGGGGAACCCUCAGUGUGUGUUCUGGAACUUUACCCUCUUUGAAGGUCUUGGAGGAUGGGAUGAGGAAGGCUGCGAACUAGUUGUCAGAGAUGAUGAAACGGUCACGUGUCGGUGUGACCACCUGACCUCAUUUUCAAUGCUAAUGUCUCCUUUUGUUCCAAACAGUCGUGUGUUGGAUUACAUAUCCUACAUUGGCGUUGGUAUUUCCAUGGCAUCCUUACUUAUAUGCCUCAUUAUUGAAGCAUUCAUAUGGAAAAAGGUUCGGAAGAGCAACACAUCACAUUUGCGCCACAUUUCCAUCGUUAACAUUGCACUGUCUCUCUUGAUUGCAAACAUUUGGUUCAUUAUUGGCGCAAGUAUUUCUGAAGGAGAGAAAAAGAAUCCAGAUGCAUGUACUGCCGCCACGUUUUUCAUCCAUUUCUUUUACCUAGCUCUGUUUUUCUGGAUGUUGGCAUCUGCCCUGUUGCUGUUCUACCGCUCGGUCAGAGUCUUUGGUGGAGGCAUUUCUAAAAAUACUAUGAUGGCUAUUGGAUUUUCUCUGGGCUAUGGGGCCCCAUUGAUUAUCACAGUUAUUACUAUUGCUGUAACUGCACCAAACAAUGCUUACAUCCAAGAAAAUGUGAUCUGCUGGCUAAACUGGGAAAGGUCAAGAGCCCUACUGGCAUUUGUAAUCCCAGCACUGCUCAUAGUGUUUAUAAACAUUGUAAUCCUAAUUGUGGUGAUAGUUAAAAUACUGCAGAGUCGGGGGAUGACAAGCACUGCACAAGAAGAUGAGAAGUAUGUCCUGGUGGUCAUUAUUCGGAGCUUGGCCAUCCUCACGCCCUUUUUUGGAAUAACUUGGAGUCUUGGAGUUGGAAUCAUAAUUGACCCAAGUAAUCUCGGAAUCCACAUAACCUUCGCCCUUUUCAAUUCUCUGCAGGGUUUCUUCAUAUUAGUUUUUGGAACUCUCUUAGACAAAAAGGUCCGGUCCGAAAUUUCAGUUUUCAAAUCGUCUACGAGUUCUGGAAGUGGAACAAGGACAACGAGUUCUGGAAAUUCAUCAAGUGGAUGGCAGAUAUGGAAGAACUUUGGAAGAAGAGCGGGUACCAACCUGUCAUCUGAUUCCUCUUCAUCAUCUCAGGCGAUCAACACUUGAUGUCUGCUGCGAACAUCUUUGCUCAGCGUGACCAAGCAACAAGCUCUUUCCAUAAAGUGUGCGAAAGCUCAGACAUAAGAUGUCAAACUAAUGCAAAAGCACUUUAAUACUACUGUCUCAUUGUCGACUUCAUAUCAUUCCACCCAUGACUCCGUCAACGAAGCACAUAUGAUAGCAGUACUAUGUCCUUGAAACAGGUGACCACGUAUUUAAGAUUAACUUCCUCCCAAACACUGCUACUUGUUUUGAAAUAUUGGAAACUAGCUGCACAAUCGUAGACAGAUUUAGGAACAAAGAAAAAUAUAGUGUGAUACGAUGGCCCUUUUAUUUUUUUUCUCACAGCUAUAGUCAAGUUUGGGAAGUAUUUAAAAAUGAUCCAUUUCUUUAUAUUAUAAAGCAAUCUUAUUGUUCUUAAAUUAUUUCUUUUAGAUUUUGAUUGGUGAUGUAAUGUCAGAAACAACUCAUGAUUUUGUAUGUAUACAUGACUAUUAGAGUUGUUAAUUCAACAACAUUUAGGAUAACACUCAACAUAUUGUAAUUAAUUAGCAAUGGGCUUUUUCUUUUGUCUGACCUGUCCAGGCAAAGUUAUGAUUGUCAAGCACGUGUCUGUGAAUUUGCUUUCACUGGAGGUACAUUGCAAUAACUGGUAUAGGAUUGUCAGUUGAAGUAAAAUUAUUAAUGAAUCAAUAUCAUAGCAUGACAGGAGACAAUUUGAAAGUGUUAAUUAUUUUCGUGAUUUGUUAAAAAAUGUUCAUACACUUGCACGGCAUCACUAUUAUAAAAUGUUUGAAGCACUUUACAAAAAUAUAUAUAUAAUUAUACUUCAUACUUAGUGUGUAUAGUAUGUUCUUUUUUUCUGUAAUCAAAUCUACAAGAGGUAACUUAACAAAAGUCACAGAGGCUCAAAUUUUGUGUUUUAAUAUUAUUUAGUGUUUUAUAUGUUCAAUAUUCUGUAAUAUCAGUUUUAAUCUCUUAAAAAAAUGAAAAGCAAGACGAAAAUGACUGUUGAACUACUAAAUCUAAUUGAACGGGAAAGUCAUUGAUCAAUUAAUGGACUAUUUUGUUCAUCAGAGAACAGUAAGUUGUUCAAAAACUGCGUAAACAUUGAACAGUUGGACACAAGGUCAAAAUAAGAGUAGUAUCCAGUAUCCGGUGCAUUUCAGGCUCAAUUUAAAAUUUUAGCUGAAAUAAUAUCCCUUACUUUUUGUGAGUAGUCUAUGUAUUUUUAUUGGAGUAGCAGUUAUAUACUGACUGUGUGAGUAAAGGACAUCAUUUGUGUAAAACCUGUGUACACGUUUGUAUAUUUUCCCCAUCUUACGUGUUUGUGUUAUUUAACAUACUUCCAUUAAGGGAGUAUAUUAAACUAUGUUGUGAUGCAGUGCAUCCUGUGUUUAAAUGUUUAAUACCAAUUAAUUUAAGACAUGAAUAACAACAUGGAUAAUGAAGUGUAUUUGUAAUUUAAAGUGUGCGUGAUGAU